AUGGCAAAAAAACAUAACUCGGCAGAUUCCCAUAAAACAUCAUUAGCCAAAUAUCAAGGUUCUAUAUCAUCAAAAAGUAUAGGAGCUGUUACGACUUAAAUGAAUAGACAUGUCGAAGAGAAUAUAAAUAAAAAUCGAGAAGUAUUAAAAAUUGAAUGAAGGUAGUUCGGUUUAUAGUUUAAUUGUUGAUGAAGCUCGUGAUGCGUCAACAUUUGAACAAAUUUCAAUAUGUAUUAGGUAUGUACAUAAAUUAACUAUAAAAGAAAGGUUCUUAGGAUUUGUACAAGUAGAAGAAUUAGAUGCACUAGGCCUAACUAAUUCUAUUAUCGAAUUUUUAAAUUCAUUUGGUUUAGAUAUAUCAGUAUUCAAUCCGAUAUCGACCAACUUUUUAAAUGAUGAUUUUGUUUUAAAGUGUAUAAAUUAUUAUGGAGAUGAUAAUUAUUUCUCUGACCAAGUAAUAAGUCAAAGCAAAUUAGCAAAAAAUAUGUACAGUAGUUGUAAAAAUAUCAUAGAUUUUUACAAAGAAAUAUGCAUUAUGGGGCAGUCAUUUGGAGAAAUUAAAAAAGUCAUUGAAUGAGUGUUAGUUAUACCUGUAAGUUCAGCAUCGGCCGAAAGAAGUUUUUCAACAAUGAAAAGGAUAAAAACUUAUUUACGAACAUCUAUGUCUACUACACGUCUUCAUAAUUUAACGUUAAUUUCUCUUGAGAGGGAGUUAAGUUUUGAAUAUAAUUCAGGAUCUUACAAAGAUUGUUGACGAGUUUGCUAAAUUGAAAAAUCGAAGACUUCAAUUCACUAAAUAAUUAUUAUAUUUUAUAUUUUUAUGUAUUUAUAAUUAAAAAAACUAUUGUUUUAUUUGUAUUCAUUUAUUAUUCAGUUAUAUAAAAACUUAAUUUUAUUUUUUAAUAUCUUAAAAUAUUAUUAACAAGUCAAACAGGAGGAAUAAUUUGUGUUGUAUUAUAUUAUUUUAUAAUCAUAUUUUCUAAUUCAAUUUAAAAAUAUUAUAAAGUUUCAAACAAAAAAAAAAAAAAAUAAUAUGUAUUGUGUACAUAUUAUAUAAACUAAAAUAAUUAUAACCGGGCCUAUCCUACAUUUUGAUCCAGGGCACGCCUCUGAACAUAAGUAAAAAAUAAUAUAACUAUAAUUUCUACAUUUCUUCGUAUUUCUAUAUAGGUAAUUAAAAAAUAUGAUAUGUAAUGCAAAACAAAAUUACUUUGAUAAUUGAAAUCAUAUAGGACGGGCUAGCCGGAGUCCGAAAAGAUUUUAGGGUGGGCCGCGGUCAUUGGGGCUGAGUGAGCUACAGACAAUACCAUAAUGAAUGUAUGUGGAUGGCAUAAAAGUACUUUUGUGCCACCAGGCAUAUUUAUAAAUAUAUACGUACCUAUGUAAACAUGAAUAAAUUUCUCCUUUUGUCUCCCCCCCGAAAAAAAAAUAUCUGGGAAAUAGUGGUUUUAAAUAAAAACAGAUUAAAUUUUGGGACACUAGAUUCGCGCCUGGUUUCUAUUACAUUUUGUCAACCGGAAAAUAUUAUAACAAUUCUAAACCAAAUAUUUAAAAUGUAUACAUAUUUUUUAAGACGCAAUUAGAAUUUUAUAUAAAGUACAUACUGCACAUGUACCGAUUUUGAGUGUGUAUUUUGAAUUUUUAACCUGUAGACGUCAGCGUAACUGUUCUAUAAAAAUACUCGUCAGUUCUGAAAAUUCGUUGCUAAUAAAUUUAUUUAUAAAAUUGUUGAUAUUUGUUUACAUAUAUUUCGUUUAAAUAGUUUAUCGACAUCGCGGACGGUAUAUAUAAUACGAAACACAAAAUAUUAAUUAAAACCUUUUAAUACAUUUAAAAAUAUAUAAUCUAACCUAUGUAGGUGAUUAAAUAGAGUAAUGAUUAUUUUUAUAUAAUAUUUUCCUUGUUCGUUUAUUUUAAUCUUUUAUUUUGCAAUACAGUAAAUUGUUGUUUGACAGGUGGUAGACGGUUACAACAUAAUAAUAACAAUUAAUACAGCGAUUUUGAAAAAAAAAAUAACACUAUCAGAAUAAUAUUGUUAAAUAAUGAGAUGACGAAUUUAGUAAAAUAUUUUAAUAACUCAAAAGAAUAAAAUAUUUUUAAUUUAUGUACAAGUUAAGUUAUAUUAUGUGUUGGCACAAACAAUUCAAUAUUUGUCUUAAUAAAAAUACAAUACUGUUCACUAAUAUGAAAAUAAUUGAGGGAUUACUUUAAGGCUAGUUCCACACGGAGCAGAUUCUUUCUGCGUCCGCGACCUUAUUCGUGCCUUAUUUACACACGAAUCGGCUUUCUUACACACGAAGCGGAUUAUGAAUGCGGUUUAUUUAUAUUUUAAAAUAUUUCGCGCUAAUUUAUAUCAAGAGUAUAAUAUGAAAUGUUCAAAUAUCACUUGAAAAUAUGAUAGAAAAAUAUUAAGUACGCACGCGUCAACUUCCAUGAAUGAAAAUCCGCUGAAAAAAAACUGCCAACGGUCGGUGGACGAUCCACAUCAUAUGAAUAUGAGUAUUGGAAAUCCACAAAAUUCCGCAUUUUAAGGAGGUCAAUCGCGGUCGUUCGCUAUCCAGUUUUCUUCAUUUGAAUAUAUCCAUUGAAAUAUGGGCAUUUAAUUUUAAACAAAAAUCAGCGGUGGUUAAAAACCGUGACCGCGCGCCGACGAUCCGCUCCGUGUGUAACCAGCUUAAUUAUAAGAGCAUGUUGUAUAAUGUAUACAAAGCGUGCUCAUCCCAUUUGUUUGGUUAAAUUUUGCAUGUAUUCAAACUCCAAUUUUGGAAUUCUUAAUUGUUGUUAAAAAGACGCCACACCAACAUCUACUGUCUCAGUCUUAAAUAGUCUAGACAUAGUAAAUUUGCGUUCAGUAGAACAUAUUUUGUGCCGUUAGUUUUUUUAUUUAAGCAAAUUGACUUACUACCAAAAUUAAAGAUAAGAAGAUUAUAUGUGCUUUAGCGUUAAUGAAACUGCAAUAGUAGGUAUUAUUAAUUUUUCGUUUUACCAAAUUCAGAUUUAACUAUAAACUAUACGGCUCAAUUACAGUGGCAGUUAUAUCUCAGUUCGAGAAAGGGGUGAAUUAAAUUCCACGGGGAGUCAUGGGGUUCAACCCCUCCUAUAGUCCUCAUUGGAAAUUAAUUAAGUACUCUAAACUGUACAGAAAAUAUACAAAUGUUUGUGAUUUUAAUUGAAACAAUUAUCUGUAACCCUACCAAUGAAAUUUUCUGAGCGUGCUUCUAUUCAAAUCCUUUUAAUUUCAACAGCUUGUGCACAAUUUGUAUUUGAUAAUAUUUUAAAUAUUAAUUAUUUAAAUACCUAUCAAAGUAUACUAAUGUAACAACUAAAAUUUUAGUUAUUACCAUUGAUCUUAGACGUAGCAAUGUAUAUAAUAUAAUAUACUGAGUGAACAAUCUAUCGUAAGACACUCGUUAUCUCGGAAAGUAUUAACUUUUUCCGGAAUUUAUUUUCUAGAAUAUUUAAGAAACAAUCUGCUUUACAAUUUUAUAUUUAUAUUAUUUUUAUCACCCUUAUAUUUGGGGGUAAAAUUACCAACUACUUUUGAUUUUCAAAUGGAAACAUAUAUGAAAAAUUCUAUAAAUAGAUGGAGUAUUAGUUAAAAUACAUUUUGGUGUUAAAAUUUUUGAUUUCCGUCAAUCCGUUGACGAGAUAUUCCACUUUUAAGUUUAGGUUGGGGGAGAGUGGUGAUGCAAUAUUAACAUGCCGCCCGCUGUACCACCACACAAAUGAUACUGCACUUCUUUCAUCCAACUCAUUAAUGUGAAAACCAACUGCUAUUCAAAUACAUAUUUGAUAGAUAUCUAAUGUAGGUAUUUAUAGUUUUUCUCACUAAACUUAAGUCUAACUAAUCAUAUAAAUUAUUAUGGUCUACUAUUUAAUAGGCGCAAAAUUAGUUUUAAACGAACUGGGCAAGCAAUCGAUAAAAAUGGAAACCAUGUCUUAUGCUUUCGUUUUGGAGAAAAGUAAAUAGAACUUGAAAAAUUUUUAAAUCUAUAGUUAGAAAUAUCAAAUAAUAUUAAAUUAGUACCCCUGUACAGGAUGCCGUGAUGUACACUUUAGGAACCCCUGUGAACACCAACAAUAUUAUCGGCUUAUUGUAAAAUAUUAUUAACUGACGCACGGCCUUGCAUCAUUAUUUAUUUAUAGCAAAUGUAUAAAAUAUUUUUCCCCACAGAAUAUUCGGAUAUCCAAAAAGCAACCGUUAGUAUAUAGCACUAUUAUAGCCAAACAUUGCUUUUCAUCCUAAAUACUAGUCAGUUUAUCACGUUAUUUAUGUUCGGAAAUUUAACAACUGUCAUUUAUUUUACAUUUUGUAUACUGAUAAACGACUAAACGGCCAAAGUAUAGGCGCAAUUUCAGUUUUUAACUUGGAGGGGCUCAAUAUUUUUAAAUGAAACAGAUCCACAUCUGCCCCCCACACCCCCCAUUCAAAUAUCAAAAUCAUAGUUAUCUCGCCAAUUUUCCUGCAUAAAUUAUGGAUCCAUUAAUAAAACUAAGAAUAUUUAUAUUAAAAUUGAAAAUUUGAAACACUUUAUUUUUAUCCAUUAUAACUAAGGGUUUUUAAUAAUAGCAGAACGACACUUCGAAAUAAGUAUAUUACAAAAACGAAAUAUAAGUAUUGAACGUAUAAAUUUUCAACUCGUAAACCGAUGCACCGAUGAACAAUAGCGUUAUGACUAGUUAUUAGUUUAAUCUUAGAUAUUAAGACCUAAUAAGUGGGAUUUAUUGUGAACAUCAGAACCAAUUCUAAAANAAGGGUGGGGUAUACGGUACCUACGCAUAUUGCAUAUCGCAUACGGGCAUACGUAAAAUAGAAAUGAAAAACAAGCCGACCCGCAGUGUACCCCGCCACUCAUGGGAGUAAAAGUUAUUGUAAUAUGGGUAAUACCCACAAAGCCACAACGGACCAACACCCAAGGUUUAUAGAUAAUAAUAAUCUAUAAACCUUGCUAACACCAUACAUAUAUAUUAUAUUAUAUUUUAUAUUGUAUAUAUUUUCUAUGACUAACACUAUGUCGUUGCACGGGCUCGUUUCCAUUAUUUCCAUGUUUAAAUUUUAGAAACUAUUUUUUUCAAACAACGUUUAACAUAUUAUGUAGAUUAGAUAAUUAAUGAAGCAUUUAAUACUUAAAUUUAAAUACAAAUUUUUGGAGGGGCUAAGCCCCUCCAAGUCCCCCCCCCAAAUUGCGCCUAUGGGCCAAAGUAUAUCAUAUCAAAUAAAAUGUGCUUAUAUUAACAAUCAGUCAAAUGUAUUCUAAACUUUCAUUAAAAUGUUGUAAUUGGAAAUCGAUUUGGACUACCCAGAACAUAAUUGAAAGUGUACCACUUUAUUACAUGUAUAAACAUUAAACAUGCCUAACUAGUCAACUAGGUACUUACCAUCAUAAUACACAUUUUACUUUUUUAAUAUUUAAUGAUAUAUCAUAACAAUAUUUGUAAUGUAAAACUUUUUAUCAUUAAAAAACCAUUUAUUUUUUCUGCGGGCCAAACGGGAAGCAAAACGUAGUGUCGCAAGACUCUUAUAACUCAUAAACUGUAAAUUCUAUGUUAAUGUUAUGCGUAUUAACAUAAUAUAUUAUAGCAUGAUAUUAUGUAGAAAAACAUUAUCAACACAAAUAUGUGUUUAAAAUGGGGAGGGGAGUUCGUAUUCAAAAAUCAUAAGUUUACUCAUGAGUAUAAAAUAAAAUAUAAAUUCAUUAUUGUAAACUGUGGUACAGCAAAAUUUUAGUUUCAUCACACCACUGUUUUACAAAAGGAUGAGAGACCGCUGAAACUAUAAAAAGCCGUGCAACUUCACACAUGGGUGGGACACUGUUGUAGGUGAGAAGUUGGGGAGGUAGUAGAGGGGGAAUUUAAUGCAGAUAUAUAUUAAGUGUAGUCAAACUACGAAUAUCUUGUAGCUCGGACCAUAGUUAUCAGAAUAUUAUUUCAUUAUUUAUCUAAACACUACAAAAAAAAAGACGGACAUAUUUUUCACAAAAAAGAACAUCUUUGUAAAACCACAUUUCGUUCCACUCAAAAUGGAUCACUUAGCAUAUCGGACAAUUCUCUUUUAACUAUUAUGAACAAUAUAUAUAUUUAAAAACUAUUAACGUUAAAACUUCUACUUUGUUUUAUGUUUGAGUACUUAUUGACAAGUUGUGAAAUUGAAAGACUUAAAAUUUAAAAUACAUAAUUUUGUCACUCUGUACAAUAUUUAAACAAAUUGAGAAAGAUUGCAUAAUAAAAUUAUAGUUAUCUAAGUAAUCUGUGUCUGAUUUAUUUUACUGACCAACAUUUUAAUCAUCACAUUUUCACAAAAAAUAUACCUGGUUUUUUUUUAAACAAUUUAAAAAUAAAUGUUUGGUUUAGUCAAAAAAAGAAUUCCACUGCAUUUUAUAAGGUUUUUUUUUAGAUAAAUAUCUAAAUAUUUAUUUACAAAACGACUUCUGAAGUUGUAGACCGAUUUUGUUCCAUAAAGCUGUACAUUUGAUUAUUUUCUCACACCAUCACACGAGUAUCAGAUGAUCCAUUUAAAAGGGUACACUUAUUAUCUCGGAAAGUUUUAAAUUUUUCUGAGAUUUGUUUUUUAAAACAUUUAAAAACAAGCUGCUCUACAGUUUUAUAUUUAUGUUAUUUUUUGUCACCUUUAUUUUUGGGGAUAAACCACAAAUUGAUUUUGAUAUUUAAAUGGUAACUUGUAUGAAAAAUGUCAUAAAUAGAUGGAGUAUUAGUUCAAGGGAAGGAAAUUAGGAAAUCAAAAAUGUCAACACUACAAUUUAUUCAAUUUCCGUCAAUCCGUUGACGAGAUGCUUCGCUUUUAAAUUUGAAUCGGAGUAGAGCGGCGGUUAUUAAUACACCGCGCGCCGUUCCGCCACACAAUAUUGAUACUCCUCACAAAUUCAAAUUUCUAGAAACGCAAUAUUCCCUACCGCAGCAAACAUUUCGUACCUAAUUUACCAUGGUUCCAUUCCGCGGAGCGAUCGCAAUCUUUUCACGUGAAUCGUUCGCUGUUUCCCUUCCAUAAUAAUUACAAACCGAUAUGCGUACUCUAUGUGCGUAGACUCUUACCGGAUUGGCCGACUGGUGAGACGUAUAUCGCGACUGAGCGGUGUGCCGAUGCCUAUCUAAAUUUAACGUUCAUUUCAUUUUCGCGUUCUGCGUCGCAACUAUUAUUCCUUUUCUGUGUCAACUUUUUACACUGCCGAAAUUACCGGAACGAUCCUGCAAACUUAAUUUUUCUUAAAACCAAACCAAUUUGUGAGUAUUAUAUUAUUAUUAUUAAUCGUGGGCGUGUUCGUUACGCGCGCCGCCCGUGUACGCUAGGAAAUUGUAUAUGAUUUUUUUUACGAGCCGUUGGAAACCGCAUGGUUUUGAAGUCUUCGUUUUUGUGUAUGUUUCACGUUUUCGUCGAAUCGUUAUUAUCAUUAUGGAUGUUUCAUUGUAAUCUUUUUUCGAUUGUUAUUACUAUAUUAUAGUAUUGUUUUAUAUACUUAUAUUUAAUUUGUAGUGUCACCUCCGUAUUCACAAAUUACCUAUUCACAUUCGCCGAUUUUCUUAUUACGAAAGUAUAACCUAAAUAUUUCAAACUAUUGACUUUGGAUUUGCCAAUUAGGUUAUACCGUGUUUAUCUCACCAUUUUAGGUCCACUGUAUAUCGUGUCUUAAAAAUUAUUUAUGUAAAAUAAUUUUUCAACCACAAUUAUUAUUUUGUGUGCAUUCCGUGGUUAGUUAAUUCAUAGCUAAAAUUAUUUUACCUUAUUUAAUAUUAUGUAUGUACCUAGUGCUAAGUUUUUUAACAUUAUCGCUUUCAGAGCUACUAGUAUUAGUGCUCAACUAAAGUCGCUUUUUCCGUAAAAUAUCAAUUUUGAUUACUUUCUUCAUUUUACGUAUAUACCGACAUUUUUAAUUUUUAAUGAAAAUUUUUCAAAUAUAUCACUUGUUUUAGGAACGGUUCUAAUUUAGCUCCACGCGAUUUUUUUUUUACCAAAAUGUGUUAGCGAGUACAUUGAGAAUGUAAAAAAAAAAAGUCUGACGAACUUCAUUAAUAAGUUAGGGGGAAACUUCACAAAGUACGGGUUUUCCUUUUCGCGUAUUUCUUAGUUAAAAUUUACAUUUAAAAUUUUUUUCUUUCCAAUAUGUGUGUUAUUAAACACUUAAUCCAUUGGUUUAAUCAAAACGUACCCAUCAUACUUUUAAAGUUUUUGUAUAUAAACUUUAAAAAAUAGCGUUUUUGGAAUAAAUCCAAAAUGUGGUCAAAAAUGGAAUUUUUUUUUCAUUGUUAUUUGUAGUUAUGAUAUUUAUAUAACAAAGUAUUUUUUUUGAAGUUAGAAUAAGUAUCUGACUUAGUUUUAGAGUGACAGACAUUCAAACGCCUCAUAUUUUCCCUCAUUACUUCAAAAUUUGGCCUUUUUUUUUUACAAUCUUAAUGUAUACGCAAAAACAAAUUGAAAAAAAAACCAAAAAAACGUGUGGUAGUUAAAUUAUAGAAUUAUGCAUUAUUUUUAAAUUUAAUUCAUUAAUUUACCAGUUAUCAUUUAUUUUUAAUUUUACAUAAAUUAUCUUAAUGAGUGUUUUUGCUGUUUUAUAAUUACAGGUUAAUAUAUAUUUAUACCUACAUCUUAACUUGUGGUUUAAUAAUAGAUACGCUUAAGAUUUAAUUAUCUACUUAGAUUACAGAGAUAUAUACACAUACCAUACAUUUUAUUUAGUAUUGUAGAAUAACAAUUCAAGUGAAUGAAAAAUGAAUAAUUUUCAAAUACUUAUAUACUAAUGCUUUAAAUAAAUCAAUGAUAAAAAAUAAAACUAAGUUUUCUUAGUGAAAGAACAAAAUUUUCAAAUAAAUGAACAUAAAUAUUCUUGUAAAUGUAUAUUUAUUCUUAUUAUGAUUGUAUCUAGAUUAUUUUUCUUUUGCAUGUUACUUUUGUACUUGCUACAUUUUCACUUGUGUAUUAUUAUUAUAUAGAAUAAUAUUUUAUUUUACAAAAAAAACUUUAUUUAAAUACUGAGCUCAUUCUCUAAAACCCAGAGAAGAGUUACUUUUACAAUCAAAACUUAAUAAUCUUUUCAAUAAUUAUUUUAAAAUAAAUGCGUCAGGCCGCGUCAGUAACAUGCUGUCUGCUAUUGUGAUUUCUUUAGGGAUAAUUUAAGAUUAUAUGAUAGAUUUAGAUUUUAUUGAUAAUACAAUUCAAAUACAAUGUCAUUCAUUAAAAGGUCUGAUAGUCCUAUUUAAAUCUCAAGUAUUUCUAUAUUUGAAUCUUGAAGUCUGAUAGUAGUAUAUUAGUGCUGAAUCACGCUCUUGUUCAUCACAUUGAUAGAAACAAACGGAGAAUACAAUUUACCUCAAAAAUAGGCAAUUAUUUACAGACACAUUAAAAAUAGUGUUUUUAUGGAACCAGACUACUUGGACCAGCAACUUAAAGUAUCUAUAACUUUUUCCAUUUUUAUUAAGAACGAAAUCAAAAUAAAGUAUUAAACAUGUAGAUUCAGAAUAUAAAACAACAAGCUAUUUUGGUGUUUUAUACUCUAAAAUGCAUUAUAAUAUUAUUUAGGUAGUUAAUUAUUUAAUGGAUACUAACUUAAAUUAUUAAUUUUUCAAAUUUGAAAAAAUGUAAGACGAAAUAUUUGGGUCAAUUGAUAGAUAAAAAGUUUGUAGUUGUUAAUAGUUAAAACAAAGUUUUGACCAACUAAAGAUACUUUAUUUAUUCUACUUUAUCUGAUUCUAAUUUAUUAUUUACUUUUUAAGCCAAUAUUUUCUAAUAGGUGGAGAUAUUUAUAGAUCUUGAAUUAUGGAUUUUUUCACAAUGCUCUGACAGGCCAAUAUUGAAUUGAUAAAGAAAGUAACCACCAUAAUUCUUUUAAAUGUAUCCACAUAAAUAAUUUGUUCUAAUGAGAGAUCUAUUGGCUGCCACAAAAAGCUUUUUGAAGUUUAUUUUAUUCUAAUAGAAUCCUUUAUAAAUUUAACUUUUAGUUUAGGAUAAGAUUCAUCUAUUUUUUUUUUAUUAUUAUUAAUUAUAAAAUAAACAAUCUAUACUGGUGAAGCACAAUAUGUAAAUAAGAUGACAUAUACUUGUGAGGCAUGAAUGAUAUGAUGAGGGAGGCCAUCCAUUGAUAGAACUCAACGCAAUAUUAUUUUAUUGCAGAUUUAUUUGAGUAAAUCUCUACACCAUUAUUUGUGUUUCAAAUUGGGUUCCCAGAGAGUUUUUUUGCACGAGAGUGAUGAAAUUUUUGAGUUUGGGUGUGUAGAAUGAAAUCUAGAGUAAUGGUUAAAAGCUAAUUGGCUAACUGUUUCGAAGUUCAGAUUGUUAUGCAGUGUUUCAUUAGAUACAUACUAGGGAGCCAUAAUAGCUGGUCAAAGAUCAAAAAUAAAUUUGUAGUUUUUGGCAAUAUUAAUGAAAAAUCUCCUACGCUUACACUAUUCAAUGUAUCAGUUAAUAAUUAUCUAGUUAUAUGAAAUUAAAUAAUAUUUAAUAAUAUUAAUCAGUUUAACCAUGCAAUUAAGUUUUAAAAUAUAUAAUCCUUUUGGAAUUUUGAGUAUAGUUACUCAAAAACUAUUAUGAUCUGUCUAUGUAUUAAUGAAUGUUGGUGAAUUGGAUUCUCUGUUUGUUUUAAUCACUAGCAUAAUGAACAUUUUGCAUUGUGUAAUUUAAGAAAGAAAGAAAGGUGUGAAUAAAUACUACUUAAGAAAAUAAUAUAUUGAAUUAUAUAUUUGGUGUGAACUUAAAAGUGGAAUAUCUUGCCUACGAAAAUCAAAAAUUUUAAAACCAAAAUGUACAUAAAUCAAUGGUGGUCCUUUUAUUUGUAAUGUAGGUUCUUAUUUCAGUUAAUACUGGUACCUAGUGCGGCCACUGUUGUAGGUGGGUAAUGGGGAAGGUGAGAUGCAUAGUUAUUUAAUCUAAAGAAUGCUAAUGAAGAAGCGAUUCAGGGCGAAGUUCAGUUAUACAUGUUUUAAAAUGCCAUAAUAUUUAUGAUUCUCCUCAAAAUUUGGUUUUAAAACUAUUAAGAAAACAUUAUACCCACAUAUCUACUAUCUCAGUCCAACUACCAGACAACAUGCAAAAACCGUGCUUAUGCAGAAUAAGUAUAACUAGCUUAAUUUUGAUUUUAAAGUAAAAGUAUCUAUUAUAAAACUUGUUAUAGACUAAUAUUUUGGUGGGUUAUAAACUACAAAAACUUUUUUAUAACUAUUUUAAUAGUUUCAAUAAUUCAAAAAACACUGAUGAAAAACACUUAUUUUCUUUUGAUUACUUGAUUAUCAAUUAUGAUUUAUAAUGAAACUCUUGUCAAAUGUUCAAACAUUUCUGUCAAUUUUAAAUUUUCAAAACAAUUUUAUCAAAAGAUUGGAACCUACCAAAUAAAAUAAAAUAAAUAAAAACCAUCAAAAUUUGACUUGAAUGUUAUGAAAAUUGUACCACUUCUAGAAAAUCCAAAUUCAAGUUUCCUGUCAAAAUUUAAAAACUAUGAUUAUCUUUGACUUUAUUAUAUUAAAAAUAAUAAAACAAGAAUUUUCCUGUUCUUUCUACAUAUUAUUUGAUUCCGCUCAAUUAUUAAAAAAAAUCAAAAUUAUUUCUUUCUUUUCAACUAAAUUAAAAAUGUAACAAUUGUCCUUUCAAUUUUUUUUUUUUUUUUUUUGUAGAAAACAAGCUAUGUUUUUGUAAAUAAUUAAAAACUAAAAAAUCUAAAUACUUUAACUAAAUUAAACAAGAUAAAUGCAAAAUAUAAAAUGUCAUAUUUGGAGUCACUUGUGCAUAAACAAAUUUAGCUUACUACUAUUUUUUUAUGUAUGUACUAUAAUAAUUAACACAUGCUAUAAAAUCCAAUACCUUUUAAUUAUAUAAUAUUUAAUAGUGUGAUAUAAGUAUUGACACUGAUAUGUUUUAGUUUAUUAUGAUAUAGUAUUUAUUAGUUAAUACGUUUUUUUUAAUUUUCUGAUUCUCUAGGGGAAAACCAGAUCUGUUACCAAAAGCUUUCUGCAUUAAUGCCAAAAUCUUAUAUUAUUUCUCCCUAGAGUUUUUAUAUUAUGAUGUAGAUACUAAAUAACUACCAUAAUAUUAAAUUAAGUUAAUUAAUAGUUAUUUAAGUUUUAAUAGUUUGUUUUAUGUAUAGGAUUAAGAUGUCUGACAAUGAAUGGUAUGAAUAUUCAGCUCAGAAAGAAGACCGCGGAGGAAGAGGCGGAAGAGGUGGUCGCGGUGGAGGCCGCGGGAGAGGAUUCUAUAAUAAUAGAAACUAUGAUGAAGGAGUUAAUGGUAAUGAUAAUUGUGGUUGGGGGAGACAAGAAGAUGACCAAGAAAGAUCAUCUAGACCCCGUGGUGGUAGAGGUGGUGGUGGUAGUGGUAGAGGAAGAGGAGGUGGAAGAGUAAAUGAUAGAAAUGGUGGUGAUGGAGAUGGUAGUGAUUUUGCUGCUGGUGAUGGAUGUGAUAAUCAACAAGCUCUAGCAUCUGAUAAACCUAGACCAACAUAUAUUCCUCCGGAGAUAACUGAUGAAGAUUGUUAUGGUGUAGAAGCUGGAACAAACUUUAAUCAUUAUGAACAAAUUGUUGUUAAAGUCAGUGGUGAUAAUGUUCCUAAACAUAUUGAAUCCUUCAAGAAUUCAGGUUUACGAGAAGUAUUAUUAGACAAAUUGAUUAAAUGUAAUUACACCACCCCUACUCCUAUUCAAAAAUACUCGAUUCCUAUUAUAAACAGUGGACGAGAUUUGAUGGCUAGCGCUCAAACUGGAUCUGGAAAAACAGUAAAUAGUUUCAUUUAGUUUAAAUUUAAAUUGGAUUUUUAAUUUUAAAUACAAUUUUAAUGAUAAUAAUGUGUAGUAAAAUUAAUAAUUUGAAUCUUUUUUUUUUUUUUAGGCAGCAUUUGUUUUACCUAUAGUUAAUAUCCUAAUAAGUCAACCUACAAAUUUAAAUUAUGAUAGAGAUUAUUGUGAACCACAUUGUGUUAUUAUGUCACCAACUCGAGAAUUGGCUAUACAAAUUCGAGAUGUAGUAUUUAAGUUAACAUCAGGAACUUGUAUCAAGCAGUCUAUUCUUUAUGGAGGCACAGCUACAGGACACCAACGAAAUCAACUCAAUGUGACUUGGAUUAAUUUAUUAAUUUUUUCAACAAAAUUUCAACAUUCUUUGAUGUCUGUUUUACAGAAUGGUGUUCAUAUUAUUGUGGCAACACCUGGAAGGUUAAUUGAUUUUGUUGGCCGAGGAAUAGUAUCCUUUAAAUCCUUAAGGUUCUUUGUGUUGGAUGAAGCUGAUCGUAUGUUAGAUAUGGGUUUUAAACCAGACAUUGAACGUAUUUUGAACCACGAAACUAUGGUUACUGUUGUAAGUACUGAUUUUAAAUAUAUAUAUAAAUAUUAAUACUUUAUAAUAGCAUUCAUUUAUAUUAAUUUGAUUUGUAGAAUAAUAGGCAAACACUUUUGUUUUCUGCUACGUUAGCUAAUGAUAUUCAAAUGUUGGCUAAAUCUUAUUUAAAACCAAAUUAUAUAUUUGUUGCUGUUGGUGAAAUUGGAGGUGCUUGCAAAGAUGUUGUUCAAGAAAUCAAAGAGGUAUCUAAGUUUGAGAAAAAAAAGGAAUUAAUAAAAGUUUUAGAAUCUUUAGGUUGGUAUUUAAAUAUAUUUUAUUCAUUAAAUUGUGUUAUAGUAAAUAUUAUAUGUGGUUUUAUGUUUAUUAGGCGAUUGUAAAGGUACUAUGGUUUUUGUUGAACAAAAGAGAAAUGCUGAUUUUAUUGCAGCAUUUUUAAGUGAAAAAGACUUCCCUACUACUAGUAUUCAUGGUGAUCGUGAACAACCAGAAAGAGAAAAAGCUUUACGAGAUUUUAAGAGCAAUAAAAUGAAAAUAUUGGUUGCUACAGCAGUUGCUGCUAGAGGCUUGGGUUUGUAAUAUGAUAUUAUAGAUUUGAAAUAUCGUUGAGUUGUAUUAUUUUUUUAGACAUAAAAGGUGUUAAUUGUGUAAUAAAUUUUGACAUGCCUGCAUCUGUUGAUGAGUAUGUUCAUCGUAUUGGCCGAACAGGAAGAUUGGGAAACUCUGGAAGAGCAGUUUCAUUUUAUGAUAGUUCUACUGAUAGUAGUUUGGCAUCGGAAUUAGUUAGAAUCUUAAAACAGGUGUGUUGGUUUGUGGUUUUAAUUUAUUUAUUUAUUUUUAUUUUUCUAUAGUUUUUUUUUUUUAACUAUUCUAUAUUGGUUUUUAGGCUGAACAAGAAGUCCCAUCGUUUUUAAGUGAAGGAGGUGGAAGUUAUGGAGGCAGUGAUGCAUUCAAUGAUAUUAGACAAUCUGUGGUAAUUUAUUGAAUUUAAAUUUAUUCACUGUUGAAACAUAUCAAUACCCUAAAUUUGAACAAAUUAUCUGGAUUGAUUUUACCCUAUUUUUUAUUAAUAUUUUUGUUGAGGCCAAUUCAUAUUUAAAAUUUAAUUUCUUUAAGGGAAUUUUUGUUAGUGAUGGGGUAGUAAUAGGGCAAUUUUUGAUUUUUUUGUUAAUCAUAAAUGAUUAUUUGAGUGAAUGCGAUGAAACUUAAUUUAGGUAUCCGCACUCCCAGGUAGUACGUUAUAACAUUUUUACAAAUUUAUUUAUUUUUGUAUUUAUUACUAGCUGGUAAAUUGUUUUAUUUCCAUAACACGCAAGACUAUUUUUUUAAUUGCUGAAAAUCUUUGUCUCAAGAGUUUAUAAUGUAUUCUAUUUCUCUCAAUUACUACUGCAGUAAACCUCAUAUGAAUUUUGUGAAUAAUGAAAUGGCACAUUUAUGUUUUGAAUAUGUUUACAUAUAUAUGUAAAUAUAUUUUUGUGUUAUAUCAGACAUGUGUUAGCAACACCUUUAGCAUAAUAACAGUUAUUAUAUUUAAAAACAAUAAUUAAUUAUAGUUUUAUUUUAUUUAUUUCAGCAUACUGAUGGUGGUGAUGAAGAUGAUCAAUGGUGA